ACCUUUCAUUUUCGGUGGGAGUGUGAAUUCCGCGGCUGCACUAAAUACAGAAACAGGAGGGAAAGUCGAGGGAGCUCAAAAAACGGGACAAUGCAAUCUACUAGCCUUUUUCUAACUGUGAUUUUCCUUAUAAGCCUCGUCCAAAUUAAUGGCCUCCUGCGGCGGUGCUACCAGUGCCGAUCCCGCGGAGAGUUGGGCAGCUGCAAGGACCCGUUCACGUUCAACGCGACGGACGUGGAGAAGGAGUCGGGACUGGAGGCCAUCCCGUGCGCGAGCGGCUGGUGCGGCAAGGUGAUCGAGGGCGGCGGCACCUACGCCAUCGACGACUACGACCUGGCCAUCCAGCGGAUGUGCGUGCAGCGCGGUCCGGACGACAACAUGGACCGCUGCGCGGACACCAUCUACAACUACAAGAAGGUGUACAUGUGCUUCUGCCAGGGCGACCUGUGCAACGGGUCCAGGAGCUGGUCCAGUGCUCCCCCGACGAUCCUCCUCCUCCUCCUCCUCCCGAUUCUUGCGUUGCUCCAGCGGAUCCGGGUCUAGACUGGCUGCCUCUCCUCCAGCGUGCAAUGUAUAUACACUCUUAAUACUCAUCAGCAUGGAAUCAAAAUCAAAAUAUUUGCAAUACAAAAUACAAACUGUUUUUCGUUAACA